AUGACCGACACAGUGACUCUGCACACAUACUUUCGGUCCUCCUGUUCCGCCAGGCUACGUAUAGCCCUCCACCUGAAGCAAAUCCCAUUCACAUCAGUCUAUGUGAAUCUCCUGAAGGGUGAACAAUCAUCACCCGCCCACCUGACCAUCAACCCCUCGGGCACAGUACCCACACUCGUAAUCCAGCGCGAUUCUCAAGCCCCUGUCACGAUUACACAGUCCCUCGCUGCACUUGAGUACCUCGAAGAGGCAUUCCCAGACCGGGGUCCGGCGCUGUUACCUCCUGCCUCGGAUCCAGAGAGUCGUGCCCUCGUCCGCACGCUAGCACAGAUCAUCGGCUGUGAUAUUCAACCUGUUACGAACCUUCGGAUUCUCAAGCGUGUUGCGCCGCUAGGCGCCGAUCGUGCAGGUUGGUCUAAGGAUUUGAUUGAGGAUGGGUUGAGGGCUUAUGAGGCUAUUGUUGCCCGGUCAGCAGGGAGGUUUAGUGUUGGGGAUCAAAUUACAAUUGCAGAUUUGUGUUUGGUUCCUGCUGCUUGGGGUGCUGAGAGAGUUGGCGUUGAUCUUGGCGCAUAUCCGGUUACACAUGGGAUUGUGAAGAACUUGGAGGCGGAGCAGGCUGUUAAAUUGGGCCAUUGGACUACUCAAGAUGAUACUCCUGAGGAGUUUCGGCUCAAGGCAUAG